AUGGGCUUUGGAAAGAACCACGACUUUGUUGUUGGGGCCAACAGGGACUUGCCUACUGAUUUGAAAAAAGGAGAAAAAAUGAACUCUGAUGCAGCAUCUAAUGUAGACUCUAAGCAGUCCACUGGGAGGCUCAAAGUAGCGCGAGCAAAAUUUCAAAAACACUGGCGUCGAUUUUGGUGCUGCUAUCUUGUAGCUGCAAUUAUUUUCUUGGCCAUAUUCCUUCCAGUACUGCCUAGAGGUUCAAACAUGAAGAAUGCCUUGACUAAAUUCUUCUGCUUCUAUGUUGGUAGCUUCCUCGUGAUAAUCCCGGCCAUUGCACAACGAAUCGUCGAUGAUACCGAUCUACCGAUCUACUCGGCUGAAAUCCUCGACCCAAAGGCAGAGAGUGUAUCAUUCACCCUUCAUACAUCUCUGAGCGUGCCUGUGGGACUUCAAAUCCGAACGAAUGCUUUCGAUCUCAGUCUUUUUAACCGUGAUGUCAAGCCUAUACAGCCAUAUUUGGAAGUGGGGCUACCUUCGUAUACUUUGAAGGGCAACACGGAAAUGAUCCUUACUCAAAAUGACACGACGAUCCUUGAUCAAGCACAAUUUGUGCGAACCUUAAGUCAAGCAGUUUACAAUGAACGCUUUACAAUGUCGGCAAAAGGGAAAACAGUGGGGCAUCUGGGAGACAUCAAGGCGCCUUUCACCUUUGACAAAGACAUAAAGUUAGACGGUAUGGAUAAGUUGAGUGGAUUUACCAUUGAUACAGCGCAGCUUGCGAUUCCAAAAGAAGCCGACGGCAGCAAUUUGCUUGCCACAGCAACCCUGCCUAACAAGAGCGUUUUUACCUUCGCUCUAGGCAACGUGACUCUGAACCUUCGAAGCUAUGAUUUAUUGGUCGGACAAGCCACAAUGCAUAAUGUUGUGCUGAAGCCCGGAAAUAACACAGUCUCCUUGAGAGGAAGUCUCGACGUAAACGCCAUUACUGAGAAUCUCUCAGAUAUACUCACUUCCCAGCGAACGGCAUUACUACAGGGCAAGUUCCAGCUUUCAGCCUCCGGGAAUUCGACAAUCUAUAACGGUGUUCAUAUAUCUUACUACGAGGAGAUUUUGAACAAUCUAACCUUGACAGCACAGGUUUCUGUUCUGGAGGUCUUGACUGGAACCUUGGAAAAUCUCCUGAAUAACGGCAAUAAUUCUCCACUUUCCAAAAUUGUCCACAAUAUCACCAAUAUUCUGAGUGGUGUCUCAGACUCCACGGAUUUCAGGAUGGUCGCUCGGUCGCUUCACGCGCUUAUCUAG